AUGUAACCGAUUCCAGUGAUGAUAAUGAAAGGAGGUUCAGUGCAAGAUAUAGUUAAAUCCAAGAAUUCAGGGAAAAGCAGAAAGUUCACGAAAGAAGUUACGAAGAAGUAUCAGACCACUGAUUUCGAGAAUGCAGUUGCAGAAAUGAUUCAAAAUAAUUAUAGGCCACCAAAACCUAAUUAAUUAUAAGAAAUGUAUAAUGAAUGA